AUGGUGAUCUGGAAGGAAAAAGAGAAGGACGUAAAGAAAACUAAUGACUGUCGUAAUUUUCAAGGAGGUCGAAUCUUCAAGCAAAAGUCACGAACUCCUAUCACUUUAAAAGAAUUUUUGCCAAAAGAAUUCUUUGAUGUUGAUGUGGUCGCAAGUUACACAACGCGAGUAGAUCAUAUCGAGGAACAAAAAGAUAAUACUCGCGAAUCUUUCUGUGAGAUAGACCGUGCGUCCACCGGCAAUGAAGAAGGUCGUGUGCCUACCAGCAAUGAAGAGGUGAACGUCACAAAUAUCACUUUUACUAGUGAAGACUUGUUGCUUGGGUCAACACCGCAUAACCGUCCUUUAUUUGUGACUGGUUAUGUAAAAGAGCAAAAAGUGAAUAGAAUGUUGAUAGAUGGAGGUUCCGCAGUCAAUAUUCUCCCUUUAAAAACUCUGAAGGAGUUUGGUAUCCCGGUUGAUGAACUCUCCAAAAGGCUACUGAUGAUUCAAGGCUUCAAUCAAGGAGGGCAAAGAGCUCUUGGAUCACUAAAUUUGGAGAUAGUCAUUGAUGACAUGACGUCCAGAGCACUGUUGUAUGUGAUAGAUGCUAAAACAACAUACAAUGUACUGUUGGGAAGGCCCUGGAUUCAUGAAAAUGGAGUUGUACCUUCAACCCUUCAUCAAUAUUUCAAAUACUGCCAAAAUGGAGUGACAAGAAGUGUGAAAGUCGAUGACAAUCCUUUCACUGAGACGGAAGCGUAUAUCGCUGAUGCCAAAUUUUACGUCAAGAAAUACAUUGCGAAGGAUAAAUCUGAGCAACCUCUAUCUGGGGAUAAAAUCCAGAACCCCGAAUCUCCAAAUGUAAAAGGGGAGAAAGUGAUGAUUUCGAAAUCAAAAGAGGAAGUUCAUAAAGAAACUAAUGUUUCAUUGUCAAACAAUGAAUCAGUUGUCUUUCGUUGCCCUCCCAAAUCAAGAAUGGAACAGGGACAGUCACCUACAAUUCAGCAUGAAACUCUAAAAGAUUUGACUCUUCCGGUAGCUCAUCUUGAUACAAAAAGGGCGUCAUCUUCUCAACUUAAAAAGUCUAACCUUUUAAGCAAAGAAUCUGAAGUUGAACAAGACACCCUACCAAAGUCAAGAACCGUUGAAGGUUUUGAUCCUAUCGCUUAUAAGCUUCUCGCUAAGGCUGGAUACGAUUUCAAAGAAUCUGCGGUGUUAAAUGUUCCAUCUCGUCAAUCUACUAGUGACAUGAUUCAUGGGUUGAAUUCUACCCAAAAGAUGUUGAAGGAAAAGGGAUACGCCGUUGAAAAUCCCAAAUUUGGCCUUGGCUACUCCUCUCCUACACCAAUUCGCAUCAAGAUCAAUAGAGUUAGUAGCCAAUAUAUUGCUGUGGAGGAUGAGUCUUCUCAAAUAGUUGGUAAAUUUCAAGCUUUUCACGAAAAAGAGAAUAAAACUCCACGGAUAUCUGUUUUUAAGAGAUUAGAACCACAAAGAAGACAAAAGCCUCAAAACUCUCAUAAGAGUAAAGGAAAAAUGGCAAAGUCAUUGCAAAAUCUUGAAGAACUCUCUAAUUAUCCUCAUAAAUUUGGUAGCAUCAUUCUUUCGAAAAUGAGAAGAUGCACAGACAUUGUAAUAAAGUGUGGGACUGAAUUAAGGGUCAGGGAACAUACUGUGGUGUACACAAGACCAAAAGAGGAUGAUGAAGAGAGUGUUGUUUCAUGCAAUCAUAUAACCAUAAUUGACGGUGACUCGCCUGAAGAAGAAGAAGAUGCUGAAGACGCUCCGCCUGAAUUGGAGGAAGGUGUUAAGGCCACUGUAGAUGAUCUAAAGGAGAUCAAUCUUGGUACUUCAGAGGACCCACGUCCAAUAUAUGUAAGUGCUUCAUUGAGUCCUGACGAAGAGAAGGCAUAUAUUGAACUAUUGCGGGAGUAUCAAGAUAUUUUUGCAUGGACUUAUAAAGAAAUGCCGGGUUUAGAUCCAAAAGUGGCCGUCCACCAUUUGGCUGUUAAAAAGGGAGUUCGACCAGUGAAGCAAGCACAACGGCGAUUUAGAACCGAUUUGAUUCCGUUGAUCGAAAUUGAAGUCAAUAAACUUAUUGAAGUCGGGUUUAUUCGUGAAGUUAAAUAUCCCACAUGGAUUUCGAGUAUCGUGCCCGUGCGAAAGAAGAAUGGGCAAACUCGCAUCUGUGUCGAUUUCAGGGAUCUUAACAAUGCUUGUCCUAAAGAUGACUUUCCUUUACCAAUCACUGAACUCAUGAUUGAUGCAACUACUGGGCAUGAAGUUCUGUCGUUUAUGGAUGGCUCUUCUGGAUAUAAUCAAAUUCGAUUGGCUCCUGAGGAUGAGGAGCUCACUGCAUUUCGUACUCCUAAGGGUAUUUAUUGUUAUAAAGUAAUGCCCUUUGGUCUCAAAAAUGCUGGAGCCACAUAUCAAAGAUCAAUGCAAACUAUCUUUGACGACAUGCUUCAUAAAAAUAUCGAGUGUUAUGUGGAUGAUUUAGUUGUUAAAUCGAAAAAAAGAAGUAAUCACUUGGAGGACUUGAGACAAGUAUUUGAUCGGUUGAGAAGGUAUCAACUCAAAAUGAACCCUCUCAAGUGUGCAUUUGGAGUCACGUCGGGGAAAUUUCUUGGUUUUGUGGUUCGUCAUCGAGGUAUUGAAAUUGAUCAGGCCAAAAUUGAUGCUAUAUUGAGGAUGCCUGAAUCUCGUGACAUUCAUGAAUUGAAAAGUCUUCAAGGGCGAUUAGCUUAUCUACGGAGAUUUAUCUCAAAUUUAGCAGGAAUGUGUCAACCAUUUAGUCGCUUGAUGAAGAAAGAUGUGCCAUUUCAAUGGGAUGAGUCAUAUUUUCUUGCUGAUCACCCAAUACCUGCUGAAUGGGAGUUAAGUGAUGACCUACCAGAUGAGGAUGUACUUCUUGUUGAGAUUCGUCCACCAUGGAAGAUGUAUUUUGAUGGUGUGGCUCAUCGUCAUGGGGUUGGAGCGGGGAUUAUAUUUGUGACUCCUGAUGGAGGGAUAUUGUUAUACUCUUUUACUCUAAGUCAACAUUGUUCAAACAAUGUCGCUGAGUACCAAGCUCUCAUACUCGGACUUCAAAUAGCUGUUGACAUGGAACAAUUGGACAUCAAAUCUAUGGUGACUCUAAAUUAA